AUGCAUAGAGACGCCCACAAAUUUGUUGCGCAAUGUGAUAGAUGUCAACGGAGCGGAGGCAUUACAAAGAGGGAAAAAAUGCCCCAACAAAGUGUUUUAGAAGUUGAGCCAUUUGAUGUAUGGGGAGUGGACUUUAUGGGGCCUUUUGUUAUCUUGGUAGCGGUUGAUUAUGUGACGAAAUGGAUUGAGGCCAUACCCUCACCUACCAAUGAUAACAAUGUUGUGCUUAAGCUUCUAAAGAAGAUCAAUUUUCCUAGGUUUGGGGUUCCGAGGGUGCUAAUUAGUGAUGGAGGCUCCCAUUUUGCCAAAAAGCAAUUUGAAGCUCUUCUCAUGAGGUAUGGCGUUCAUCACAAGGUUGGAUUACCUUACCACCCUCAAACUCAAGGACAAGUGGAGGUCUUGAAUCGUAAAAUCAAUAAUCUUCUUGAAAGGAUGGUGAACAAAUCAAGGAAAGGUUGGUCUCUCAAACUUGAUGACACACUAUGGGCUCUUAGGACGGCGUACAAGACUCCAAUCGGCACGACCCCCUAUAGGUUGGUCUAUGGAAAGGCUUGUCACUUGCCAGUUGAGUUAGAAUACAAGGCUUGGUGGGCCAUAAAAGAGCUAAAUAUGGAUUUAUCGUUGGCCGGUGAGAAGAGAUUUCUUAAGCUCAAUGAACUUGAAGAGCUUAGAUAUGAUGCUUAUGAGAGCUCAAGGUUAUAUAAGGAGAGGACCAAAAAGUGGCAUGACCAACAUAUUCGAAACAAGAACUUUAAGGUUGGAGACAAGGUUUUGCUUUUCAACUCAAGGCUUCGUUUGUUUCCGGGUAAACUCAAAUCAAAGUGA